AUGAAAUCUUCUCCCGGGAUGGGGCGUUCAGCCCAUCUCGUUUAUGCCCUUUGUUUUACUAUCAUGGCCACAAUGGUUGCUGCUUCUUAUGAACCAUACACGUAUAGCUCUCCACCACCACCAGUGUACAAUUCUCUACCACCUCUUCCAUCUUAUUCACCAUCUCCUAAAGUAGAGUACAAAUCUCCACCACCCCCUUACGUUUACAGUUCUCCUCCACCACCUUCUUACGUUUACAGUUCUCCACCACCAUACGUCUACACCUCUCCACCACCACCUCCAUACUACUCUCCUUCUCCAAAAGUAGAUUACAAAUCUUCACCACCUCCAUAUGUCUACAGCUCCCCACCACCACCACCAUACUACUCACCUUCCCCCAAGGUGGAUUACAAAUCUCCACCACCUCCUUAUGUCUAUAGCUCCCCACCACCACCUCCAUACGUUUACAAUUCUCCACCACCAUCGCCAUACUACUCACCCACUCCUAAAGUAGAUUACAAGUCCCCUCCACCACCGUAUGUUUAUAGUUCUGCACCACCACCGUACUAUUCUCCUUCUCCAAAGCCCAUUUACAAUUCUCCACCACCUCCUUAUGUCUACAGUUCCCCACCACCACCAUACUACUCACCUUCCCCUAAGGUUGAAUACAAAUCACCACCACCACCAUAUGUUUACAGCUCCCCACCUCCACCUUAUUACUCACCAUCUCCUAAGGUUGAAUACAAAUCUCCACCACCUCCUUAUGUCUAUAGUUCCCCACCACCACCAUACUACUCACCUUCCCCUAAGGUAGAAUACAAAUCUCCACCCCCACCUUAUGUCUACAGCUCUCCACCACCGCCAUAUUACUCACCUUCUCCCAAGCCGGCAUACAAAUCACCACCACCAACAUACAUCUACAGCUCCCCACCUCCACCUUAUUACUCUCCUUCCCCUAAACCUUCGUACAAAUCUCCACCACCACCAUAUGUGUACAACUCCCCUCCUCCACCAUACUACUCACCUUCUCCUAAGCCGGCAUACAAAUCUCCGCCACCACCAUACGUAUACAGCUCCCCACCACCACCAUACCAUUCACUUUCCCCUAAGGUUGAAUACAAAUCUCCACCACCUCCUUACGUUUAUAGCUCCCCACCACCGCCAUACUACUCACCUUCUCCCAAGCCCACAUACAAAUCACCACCACCACCAUAUGUCUACAGCUCUCCCCCUCCACCACACUACUCACCUUCUCCUAAGCCCGCAUACAAAUCUCCGCCACCACUGUACGUAUAUAGCUCCACGCCACCACCAUACUACUCACCUUCUCCCAAACCUACAUACAAAUCUCCACCACCACCAUACGUUUACAACUCUCCACCUCCACCUUAUUACUCUCCUUCCCCUAAACUUGCAUUCAAAUCUCCACCACCCUCAUACUAUUCACCAUCACCUAAGGUUGUAUAUAAAUCUCCACCUCAGCCACAUGUAUGUGUUUGUCCACCACCUCCUCCUUGCUACUCCUCUUCUCCCAAGCCCGCAUACAAAUCUCCAACACCGCCAUACGUUUACAGCUCUCCACCUCCACCAUAUUACUCUCCUUCCCCUAAACCUUCAUACAAAUCUCCACCACCACCGUAUGUCUACGGCUCUCCACCACCACCAUACUAUUCACCUUCUCCAAAGCACGUAUACAAAUCUCCACCACCUCCUUACGUCUACAGCUCCCCACCCCCACCAUACUAUUCGCCUUCUCCAAAGGUUCAAUACAAAUCUCCACCACCUCCUUACGUCUACAGCUCCCCACCACCACCAUACUACUCACCUUCUCCAAAGCCCGUAUACAAAUCUCCACCACCACCAUAUGUCUACAGCUCCCCACCCCCACCACCAUAUUACUCUCCUUCUCCAAAGGUUGACUACAAAUCUCCUCCACCACCGUAUGUCUACAGUUCCCCACCUCUACCACCAUACUACUCUCCAUCCCCAAAGGUUGAAUACAAAUCUCCUCCACCACCUUAUGUUUACAGUUCUCCACCUCCACCAACAUAUUAUUCUCCAUCUCCGAAGGUUGAGUACAAAUCUCCACCACCACCAUCAUACUUUCCUUCUCCAAAGACCGAUUACAAAUCUCCUCCCCCACCCUCGUAUUAUUAA